UAGUUCUUACGCGAAAAUAAACUCUGUUGACAUGUCUUCAAAACGUUGUUUAAAAACUUUAUCUAUUGAUGAAAAAUUUAAACUAAUAAAGGAAGUAGAAAUGGGUGCGCGAAAAAAAGAUGUAGCUGUAAAGUAUGCUAUUCCGGCAAAUACAGUGUCAACUAUUUUAAAAAAUAAACAAACGGUUAUUACUGCAAUCGAAAGUGGUGGUGCAAGUGGGAGUUCAAAGAGACUAAAAAAGCCAACAUACGUAAAUGUGGACAAAGCAGUUUUAGAAUGGUUUAAAUCGGCAAGAACACGGAAUUUGCCUAUAUCCGGAGGAUUACUUAAAGAAAAAGCAUUGGAAUUUAGUCAAAAAUUAGAACAACCGAAUUUCAAGGCAAGCACUGGUUGGCUCGAUAAUUGGAAACGAAGAUCUGGUAUAUGUCAUAAAAAGGCGUGUGGUGAGAGUAAUGAUGUAAGCGAAGAAGACUGUAUGAAAUGGCAACGUGAUGUUUUACCUUAUUUAUUAGAAGGUUAUCAAGCACGGGACGUAUUCAAUGCAGACGAGACGGGCUUAUUCUUUAAAUGUCUUCCAGAUAACACCUUAACUCUUAAAAACCAGAAAUGCCAUGAAGGAAAGCACAGUAAACAGAGAGUUACGUUGAUGAUUGCCGCAAACAUGGAUGGAUCAGAAAAAUUGAAAUUACUCUUGAUAGGUAAAAGUAAUCAACCCCGCUGUUUUAGAGGUGUUAAAUGGUUACCUCUCGACUAUAAAGCAAAUUCAAAAGCGUGGAUGACGAGAGCUUUUUUUGAAGAAUGGCUUCUUAACUUAGACAAACAAUUUGGAAAAGCCGGAAGAAAUAUUGUACUUUUUAUUGACAACUGCCCAGCCCAUCCUAAAGACAUCCAACAGAGAUUAAAGUUUAUCAAACUUGCAUUUUUUCCCCCGAAUAUGACAUCAAAAUUACAACCACUCGAUCAAGGUGUCAUACAAAAUUUAAAAUGUCAUUAUCGUCGCAGAAUUUUAAAAAAUACUAUAAAAUGCUUUGAAGUAAACAAAAAUCUUAACAUUACAUUAAUGGACUGUGUUGAUGAAAUAACUAAUGCAUGGAAUAUCGAUGUUAAGCCUCAAACCAUCUCUAAUUGUUUUAGAAAAGCCGGCUUCGGUCAAUAUUUUGAAUGGCAGGAAGAAGAUGAUAUUCCUUUGGUUUUCAAAAGCGAACGCAUAAAAGAAAAGAGUAAGGAAGAAAUUCAACUGCAGAAUGAAUAUGAAGCUUGGCAAAAUAUCAAAGGUACAGAAGGUGUCACCUUUAAUGAUUUUAUGCAUGUGGAUGACGAUAUUGUUACUUCAGAGUUUCCCACAGAUGAAGAUAUUGUAGAGCUAUUGGUCCCUAAAUCCGAAUUUGAGCAUGAUAGCGAAAGUGAUAUAGAAGAUGAUUUGCAAGAUGAUAUGCUGCAACCAGUUUCAAACGAGCUAGUUGAAAAUUCGUUCAAGAUUUUGCGGUCAUAUUUAAAAACCAAUGAACAUACAACCGAUUUUCUGUACAAUGGUUUAAAUAAUAUUGAAGCUUUUUUUGAAGAUCAGAAUAAAAAAUCCUCUCGUCAAUCCCAAAUAACUGACUUUUUUACUUUAAACGAAUGA